GCACGAGCAGUCGCUGCGCGCCGUGCUGCCCAGCGUGCAGCUGGCGGUGGGCGACGUGGAGCGCCGCUUCGGCUGGCGCGUGCUGCUGCGCUCCAACGACUCGCGCUGCUCCAGCACCAACGGCCCGCUCUCCGCCUUCGAGUUCUACACCAAGAAGCAAGCAGAUGCGUUCCUGGGGCCGGUGUGCGACUACGUGAUCGCGCCGGUGGCGCGGUACGCCGGCGCCUGGGGCAUCCCGGUGCUGACGACUGGGGCGCAGGUGGACGCGUUCCGCCACAAGCCGGUGCACUACCCGACGCUGACGCGCAUGAUGGGCUCGUUCAGCCUGGUGGGCGAGGCGCUGCGCCACAUCCUGCACACGUUCGGCUGGCGCGUCACCGCGCUGCUCUUCCACAACAACGACGUGUCGUCGCCGCGCGGCAACUCCAUGUGCCACUUCACGCUGAGCGCCGUCUACAGCGCGCUCAACUCGACGCCGCUGGCGCGCUCCUUCAACGAGGACACGGCCACGCCGCAGCAGUACCGCGAGCUGCUGCACCUCGUCUCCAACGGCGCCCGCAUUGUGGUACUAUGCGGCAACCCGAACACCGUGCGGGAGAUCCUGCUGGCUGCGGAUGAGCUGAACAUGGUCGGCAGCGGAGAGUACGUCUUCUUCAACAUCGAGCUGUUCAACAGCAUGGACAGCGGCGACGACCAGGUGCAGCCGUGGUACGUGGAAGGCGACCCCCCGGAGCGCAACGAGCGCGCCCGCCGCGCCUACGAGGCACUGUUGACGGUGACGGCGGCGACGCCCCGCAGCGACUCCUACCGCAGCUUCUCGCAGCAGGUGAAGGACGUGGCGCGCACCGAGCAGAACUACACGUUCGCCGGCAAGACCAUCUCCACGUUCGUCACCGCCUUCUACGAUGCCGUCCUGCUGUACGCCAUCGCGCUCAACGAGACACUCUACCACGGCAGCGACGAGAUGGAUGGCCGUAACAUAACCAGGAGGAUGUGGAACCGCACCUUUACAGGAAUCACCGGAAAUGUGACUAUCGACGAGAACGGUGACCGGAUAGCAGACUACGCUCUGAUGGACAUGAAUCCGAAGACGGGCAGUUUCGAGACGGUGGCCUACUACAUCGGAGCGAACCGGCAGUUGGAGUACGUGCCGGGCAAGUCCAUCCACUGGGCGGGAGGCCGCACCGAGCCGCCGCUCGACGUACCCGUCUGCGGGUUCGACAACUCCCUCUGUCCGGACACGUCGUUCCCGGACUACGCGGUGCUGAGUAUCGUCCUGAGCUCCGUGGUCGUCGUGCUGGCCAUCGCAUCAGUCGUCAUCUACAGGCGAUACAAGCUGGAGGCGGAGAUCGCGUCCAUGACGUGGCGUGUGCAGUGGUCCGACUUGACGGUGAUGCCGCACGGGCGCACGCGCGGCAGCCUCUACAGCCUCGCCAAGCGCGGCAGUCAGCUGACACUCUCCGAAGACAAUAUGAGCAUUGGAGAGACAAAUCGUCAAAUAUUUGUCCAGACUGCGUUUUAUAAGGGCAGCAAAGUGGCGCUGAAGGCUAUCCACAAACGCGUGGACCUCACGAGACCGCUGUUGCUGGAGCUGAAGCGGAUGAAGGACCUGCACCACGACCACCUGGUGCGCUUCCUGGGCGCCUGCGUGGACCCGCCCAACUGCUACCUGCUGACCGAGUACUGCCCCAAGGGCAGCCUGCAGGACAUCCUGGAGAACGAGCAGAUACAGCUCGACUGGAUGUUCCGCUACAGCCUCAUGCACGACAUCGUCAAGGGCAUGAGCUACCUGCACACCAGCGACAUCCGCUCGCACGGCAACCUCAAGUCGUCCAACUGCGUGGUGGACAGCCGCUUCGUGCUCAAGAUCACCGACUUCGGCCUGCACUGCCUGCGCGGAGGCGUCGGCGACGAGUCGGACGACCAGGACUCGUACGCCUACUGGAGGCGUGAGUACAAACACCUGUUUCAGUGGCCCGAGCACGGCGCCCUGUGGGACCUGCCGUACGCGCGCUGGACCACCAAGUACACGCCCUUCCGGGACUGCGACGCCGACGGCGACACGUACGCCUACUGGAGGCGUCAGCUGUGGACGGCGCCGGAGCUGCUGAGGAUGCCGCAGCGGCCGCCGGAGGGAACGCAGAAGGGCGACGUCUACAGCUUCGCCAUCAUCGUGCACGAGAUCGUCACCCGGCAGGGACCCUUCUUCAUCGCCGAUCGACACUUUUCACCUAAAGAGAUCGUGGAGAACGUGAAGAACGGCGGCAAGCCGCUGUUCCGGCCGACCAUCAGCGACAGCUCGUGCGAGGACGAGGUGGUGGGCCAGCUGAUGCGCCGCUGCUGGGCCGACGACCCCGCAGAGAGGCCCACGUUCCAGGAGCUCAAGGCGGCCAUCCGCAGGCUCAACAGGGAGAACGAGAGCGGCAACAUCCUGGACAACCUGCUGUCGCGCAUGGAGCAGUACGCCAACAACCUGGAGGCAUUGGUGGAGGAGCGGACGUCCGACUACUUGGAGGAGAAGCGGAAGUGCGAGGAACUGCUGUACCAGCUGCUGCCCAAGUCUGUGGCAAGCCAGCUGAUAAUGGGCCAGGCGGUGAUAGCGGAGACGUACGACAGCGUCACCAUCUACUUCAGCGACAUCGUCGGCUUCACCGCCCUAUCCGCUGAGAGUACUCCUAUGCAGGUUGUGGACUUACUGAACGACCUCUACAGCUGCUUCGAUUCCAUCGUCGGAAACUUCGAUGUCUACAAAGUUGAGACGAUCGGCGACGCGUACAUGGUGGUGUCGGGGCUGCCGGUGCGAAACGGUACACAGCACGCCCGCGAGGUGGCACGCAUGGCGUUGGCGCUGCUGCAGGCCGUGCGGGGAUUCACCAUCCGCCACCGGCCGCACGACCAGCUCAAGCUGCGCAUCGGCAUCCACACAGGUCCCUGCGUGGCGGGCGUGGUGGGCCACAAGAUGCCCCGCUACUGCCUCUUCGGGGACACCGUCAACACCGCCUCCCGCAUGGAGUCCAACGGCCUGCCUCUAAAGAUACACGUUAGUCCAAAGACUAAGGCAGUACUGGACACGUUCGAGACGUUCGAGUUGGAACUCAGGGGCGAAGUGGAAAUGAAGGGUAAAGGGAAGGUGACGACGUAUUGGCUGCUGGGUGAGAAGAAACCUCAGCAACCAAAUGGCGGAGCCAUGACGCAGUCCAUCAGCAACAACAGCAACGUCUCGCAACAGCCAGCAACCGGCAACAACAUCCUGCCACCGGUGCCAACUCCACAGCAGCAGGCCAACAACAUCAGUGGUCAGCAACAACAGAACCAGAUGUCCAACAACGUGAGCAGUCCACCGCCGAUGUCGCAGCCUAACAAUGUGAGCAGUCCACCCGCCAACAAAGUGAACAACAACAACGUCGCCAGACUGCCACCCAAGGACACCGGCAACCACGUCAUCACCCCUCCGCCCGGAGUUACCACGCCGUUGCUCGCACCAACAGAAAUGGUCUGAGGGGCUUCCACGACGCAACCAUCGCGUUUCGAUGUGCAGUGGCAGAGCAUUUGUUGAUUCUAUGUCUUGCUGUGAUUCUGAACUUGUUCACUAAAACUCCCACUAUCUUAAGAAAGCACGCAGCACUACGCCACUAUUUACUUUCCACCUGCAGAAGAUUGUCGCCACAGGCAGCUGCCAUUUUCGUGGAAACGGGGGAUAAAGACAUUACAGGCUGUGCCGCAUAUUUUGGUUUAUUUCGCCCUUUCUCGUUCAAAAGUGACUUACUGUAUCUUUUGCUCUACUUCUCAGAUAACAGAAUUGAAAAAUACAUUUUCAGAGAUUUGCUAAUAGCACAUACAUCAAAUGCAUGGUAAGCUUGCUUUGUGCAUGCUACAUUAAAUAAUUCGUCUCUGCCAUCCUCUGUACUAAUUUCUAAAGUGUUUCUCUACUGCUGUAUAGGGUAACGUGGUAUAAGGUAAGCUAUUCCGUCGACAGUGCCCAAACAAUCUAUGGUAAUGUACAGAGGCUUUCGUAACACUGUACAAAAUAAUUGGAUUGUCAUUGAGAGAGAAUAAUUUUAUUUAAAAAUUUGUACAAUCCCUUUAACUGUGGCAGUUUUAUGUCCAUUGGCAUCGUUUGUUGUUCUUUAACAUGUCGAGCACUUCUAUAAAACUAUACACACGUUAGUUGUAACUCAUACUAAAGUUAAUUACAAAACUCCUAUUACAUUUCAUACACGAAAAUCAGAAUACUUAGGCUCAGCUGAUGUUUAUCUUCCUAUCUCAGGUCUAACAGUAAGGAAUGACUAUGGAUAUUAGACCAGAGCAAGGAUACGAGAAGCUUCCAAUGGAAACAGCUUCGUGGUAUUGAACCUUUGUCUCCUCUUUGUGUCUCACACUGGACUUGAACUGUUCUGAUUGUAUCGUACAUUUAUGCAUCAACAUGAGACAGACUUUUAACUAUACACUUUCCUGCUGUGUUACUCACAGUCCCACAACUUCCUCCUCUCCUAAUACGGACAAUGAGCUACACUUUUAUGUCGACUAAAACGAAAAAUUGAUGUAAAUUUCUUACUCUUUACUGAAAGUUUUCAAAUUUUAUACUAUCUGUUCCUCUUCUUCCUGGGAAUUGAUAUUGAUGCUGUGGUUUCGAGUAUUGCAGAAAGAGCGCUAGUACAGAUUAUACUUUAUUUCCAGGAAUUUUCUUAAAACUAGUGAUUAUAUUCCCUCAAAAUAUAAAAAAAGUCAUGGGCACUUGUGACUUGAAACAAAUUUUUCUACCUUCUUUACACACUUCAACAAUAAUCAUCAGUUGUUAACCGUUAUUCGUGGGUGCAAACUAAAGACGAUGUAAGAAACAUUGGCUGAAUACUUCCAGGGCACGUGGGAUAUUCUAAAUGAGAAGUGCAGCACAGUUCAAUUCUAUUUAUAAAAUUACUUCGUGGCCAGUAAAUGUGGAUUUGUGUACUAAAUGCAAGACAAAUUAUUCACUGACAAAGACUCCACUGUGUGAUUUAGCGGGAACAAGAAACACAUCGCGCCAUAUUAGUUACCUGUUUUUGGGAAGGGUCCUAAGUGUUAAGAGAUGUUAAUAGAAACCAGUAAAGUUACCAAGGAAGCAGAACUGCACUGCAGUUGCAUGCCUCUAUUUUUAAGAACUGUACCAAACAUCUCAGCCAAAGAUGGAAUAAUAUUUCAUAUAUCAGUGUUUAACAAUGAAGAGAUACCAUUCAUUAAUUAUUUAAGAGAACGUUUAAUCAUAUCAUCUGCCAUAUUUGUUUGUCCAUCGAUUGAUAUAAUAUUU